CACCAAUCAAAGACCAAUUUAUUCUAUUGAUUGUUUCAUGAACUGAUUGAACUUCAUUCGAUGUAACUGAGCUCAGCAUAUAUUUCUAAAUUUUGUAAUUACGUAUUUAGAAGACUUAAAUUUUUUAUAGUAAAAAAUAUUAUUGAGGAAAAUGAAUGUCAUAAAUUCUGAAAAUGUAUUGGGAGGUCGAAGACGAGGAAAUCGCGGUCGCGGACGAGGAAAAAUUGGUACACUGGGAACUAUUCAACAAACAAUUAACAUAUUACCUAAAUACUUGAUUCCUGAGACUCGAAGGCCAUUAGUAAAUCUUGCACCAUCAAGUUCAAGUACAACAGUCACACCAAAGACAGCUAGACGAGGAUAUGGAGCUAAAUCAUCUUCUGGACGAGGAAGAAGUUCUGGACGUGGUAGAACUACUGACUCUGGCACUGGUGGUAGAAUCACAACAUCCAGUACCUCAGAUGCUCAAGAAAAAUUUGUUAUAAUGGCUAUUACGUCUGGUCGCGGUGAAGCUAGAGGAGAAGUUGGAAUGGCUGUUAUGGAUGUACAACAUCCACACCUCAUCAUUUCUCAAAUAAGUGAUUGUAAUUCAUAUAUUAAUACUUUGACUAAAAUUCACACAUUUGAUCCAGUCGAGAUUAUAAUGCCAGAUACGAUGUGUGAGGCCAGUAAUAAUCUUUACACUGCGAUCAAAGAAAAAUUUGAAAAUAUUGAUGUAGCUGGUGUCAGUCGUGUACAUUUUUCUGAUGCUAUUGGUUUAGAAAGAAUAAAAACUCACUGUGCCAUUGAAUUUGCGUCUGUUGAGCUUGCAAUUCAUCAAAAAUAUUACGCUCUUGCUGCAACAGCAGCUCUAAUGAAGUACAUUGAAUUCAUCCAACAUGUUCAGUAUAUGCCUCAGUCAAUGCGUAUAGAUUAUCAAGUGUCUCAAAAUAAUACAAUGAUUGAUAUUGAAAGUGCUCAGAGCUUAGAAUUAGUAACAGCUCAUGGAGGUCAACCAAAUUACUGUCUUCUUGGAGCUCUUGAUCGUUGUUCAACUCCAAUGGGUAGAAGAUUACUGAGAGUUUCUAUUCUUCAACCGCCUUGUAACGUAGAUACUAUAACUGACAGACAACAAUGCAUUGAAGAGUUUGUCAACAAUCGAUCAGUAUUUGCAAUUACUCAACCAAUUGUGCGACGUUUAUACGGAGCAAGUCGUCUUCUAAGUUUAGGAAUGACGACACUUCAAAAUGACUCUGUUCAAAAAGCUGAAAGAAAUCUCAAUUAUAUUUUGUUAUUAAAAAAUACUAUUGAUAUAAUACCUGAAUUAAAAGCAGCUCUAAGUACUACUCAAGCACCUUUUUUCCAAAAAAUUCGUAAUGAUCUUGAAGACGAUCGUUUUGAAAUUAUGAAAGAAAAAAUUUUGGAAAUAGUUCAUGAAGAUGCAAUGUCUGUUAUGGGAUUUACUUCAGCAAAUAUGCAAAGAUGUUUUGCAAUUAAACCUCAAAUUAAUGAAUUGUUAGAUAUUGCUCGACAAGCUUACUGUGAAUUAAUUGAUGACAUGCAAUCGAUGGUGUUUAAAUUGGGUGAAAAAUAUAAUUUCCCAUUGGCUCUUGGAUGUAAUAUGACGUAUGGUUAUCACAUUCAAAUGAAUAUAACAAAAUAUAAUUUUAAUGAAGAAAAUUUACCUAAAGAAUUUAUAAUGCUUCAAAAGCAAAGAAAUUUAGUACUUAUGACGGUUGAACCACUUGUUGUUCUUGGUACUCAUUGUAGAGAUGCGUGUGAAGAAAUUCAUAUUAUGAGUGAUAUAAUAAUGUCUGAAACAUUGAAUGAAAUAAGAAAUCACAUCGGCUGUUUGUUUUAUCUUAAUGACAAUAUUGCAGAACUUGACUUGAUAUUGUCUUUAUCACAAAUAAGUUCAAUAUCUGAUUACGUAAAACCAACAUUUGACUCAGAACUUGAAGUCCGUAAUUCAAAACAUCCUGUAAUGGAUAUACUUGGAGUAGAACCUGCAAUACCCAAUGACAUAAUUGCUUCUGUCUAUUACAAUUUUCAUAAUAUAACUGGUCCAAAUAUGGGAGGUAAAACAAUUUAUUUAAAACAAAUUGUUCUUUUGCAAAUAAUGGGACAAAUGGGAUGCUAUGUACCCGCAACAAAAGCUAAGUUCCGUGUUGCCGAUCGUAUUUUUUGUAGGCUUGGAGUUAGAGAUGAUAUUGAGUACAAUGCAUCAACUUUUAUGCUUGAAAUGAAAGAAGCGCAAUACAUUUUGCAAUCAAUUACUCCACAGUCAUUAGUUAUUUUAGAUGAAUUAGCUCGAAGUACUACAGUCGAAGAAGGAGCUUCGAUUGCUUGGGCAAUAUGUCGACAACUUUUAAAGACAUCAGCAUUUAUUUUUAAUGCUACUCAUUUUUUAUAUUUACUGAAAAUCGUUGAUCUUUAUCCAAAUGCUACAAAUCAUUACAUGGAAGCGAUUUUAAAAAAUGAAAAUGAUAUUGAUCAAUCAAGAUUAGUUUAUACUCAUAAAUUAAAGCAAGGUAUCUCUACAAUUGAUCAUUAUGGAAUAACAUUAGCAAGAUCAUCAGGUUUACCAGAAAACAUUAUUACUGAAGCUCAAAAACUAGCAUUACAAAUAUCUACAAAUUUAAAGCCGACAGAAACAAAUAGUGUAAGUGAGCGUCAAUGUAACGUAAUUACUCAACGUAAAAUAAACUAUGACUCUUUGGUAGCAAUAAACAAAGAAUUUUUGAAAGAGACAGUUGAUACUGGUUAUAUUUAUCAAAUAAUGAAAAAUAUUAAAAUAAUUGAUUACACUGAUUGUGAACUCGUUGAUCCUAAUGAAAAAAUUUCAUUAAUGUCUAUUAUGAAAAAAAAACAGACAACUGAUAAUCGUGAAAAUGAAACUACUAAACCAGAAUCUAUGGAUCAAAAUCAAUUUAAAAAACCUAGAGCUGUUCCUCAGUCAUACACCAUCAAAGAACAAUCAAUGCCCGAUCAGGAGAACAUUCAACCAGGGAAAAGAUUGACAGUUCCUGUGACAUCAGUAUCAGAAGCUUCGCAGCCUAAAGUUCCUAAACUUGGAGCACCAUUAAAAACUACUCCUCAAUUAUUUAAACAAUCAGCCAAUGUAAAGCCUUUGUCAGAACGAAAUUAUUACAAUAAAAGUAUUGAUUCGCCUUUAGGGUCAUCUGAUAAGAGUAAGAAAAUACUUAGGAAUCCUUUCUCUGAUUCUGAUUCACCUCUUUUUAUACCAAAAUCACAACCAACUGUAUUUAAUUCAUCACAAAAUAAUUAUCGAGCUGAAUCAGGAUCAGAUAUAUCAGCAAAAGAUAAAUCACGGCUCACUGUCUCAAAGGUGGAUCCACGAUAUCACGUUCCUAAUCAGUACAACGGAGUACAGGAAGCAUUUAAACAAAUAAGUUUAUCUCCUGAUAGUAAACGUAAGAGACAAGAAUCUUCUCAAACAUCAUUUGGGGAAGAAAUAACUUCAUCAACUACCCGAGCUGAUAAUUUGUUAGAUAGUUUAGCGAUACCCAGUACUUCAAAAAAUACUUCAAGAAAAACUGAUAUUACAUUAUUUAAAAUUGAUACACCGACUAGUAAAAUUCCUGAAGAAUAUUGUUAUAUGCGUCAUAUAUUAAAAAAUCCACCAUGGGAAAAUAAGAUUGACUUGUUGGAAUCCAAUGAGUUAAAAACUUCAUCAAGUAAAAAUGAUAACUUUUUUUUCACUUCAAAAAUUGUUACGAGAAACGCAAAUCUUGUGGCCAACGAUCGUAAAAAUAUUAAAAAAAUUUUAAGUAGCUCAACUUAUGAAUCAGCUUUGGGGUCGCCAUUAAAAGAUAUAAUAAGUCCUAUGGAGCAUUCUGAACUGAUGCCUUCUGGGCCUUCAAUGCUUCAAAAAACAGAUAAACAAUCAAAUCUACAUGCAAAAGGUGAUAAUAAUCAACAACUAUCACCAUGGGAAGAUACGAUUGACUUAUUGGAAUCUGAUGAAUUGAGAACUGCAUCAAGUAAAACUGAUAACUCUUUUUCAACUUCAAAAAUUGUUACGAGAAACGCAAAUCUUGUGACAAACGAUCGUGAAAAUAUUGAAAAAAUUUUAAGUCCUAUGAGUUAUUCUGGACUGAUGCCUUCUGGGCCUUCAAUGCUUCAACAAACAGAUAAACAAUCAAAUCUACAUGUAAAAGAUGAUAACAAUCAACAAUUAUCACCUGCUACGUCUCAAACGUCAAUAGAAACAACUGCGGCUCGCACUCUCGCUCGUCGCAAAGAAGCUGAAAUUUUUAAAAUGAUUGAAGGCGACGCUUUUGAUGAAAAAAGUUUUAUGAAUUCUAUUAAAACUCAUGUCAGCAUUGAUUCUGAUUAAUUUGAUUAUUUAAUUUAUUUAAAGAUUAUUAAUUCUUAAUAUUUAUAAUUAUUUCAAAUAAUAUAUCGAUUUUCCAAAUAAA